UUUACCUUGCUAAUCCUCGAGGGGGGAGGGGAACCCGUUUUAGUGUGUUCGGGGUAUCGCGAUGAAGGCAGCAGUGACAGUGUUUGUGACCUUGCUGGCUCUGGCAGCCGCAAAGGUGACCGUCAAACAGGACGAUCACGACCAUGGCGAAAUGGACUGGUGGGAGGGUGGAGUGUUCUAUCAAAUUUAUCCCCGUUCGUUCAAAGAUUCCAACGGCGAUGGCGUGGGGGAUAUCCAGGGUAUCGCCGAAAAGCUGGACCAUCUGGUCGAUCUCGGAAUCACCGGAGUUUGGUUCAGUCCGUUGUUCAAAUCUCCGAUGAAGGAUUUCGGAUAUGACAUUCAAGACUUUCGAAGCGUUGAUCCGAUCUUUGGAACGAUGGAAGAUUUGGAUGCGCUGAUUAAGAAGGCGAAGGAGCUUGGUAUUAAGGUUAUCCUGGAUUUUGUGCCCAAUCAUACCAGUGACCAGCACGAGUGGUUUGUGGAAGCUGUCAAAGGAAACCCCGAGUACCGGGAUUACUACGUUUGGAAGGAUGGGAGUGACGAUAACAAGCCACCGAACAAUUGGCAAUCCGUGUUCCACACCGAUGCCUGGACUAAGCUGCCAAGUCAAACCCAGUACUACCUGCAUCAGUUCGAUGCCGGGCAGCCCGAUCUGAACUACCACCACGAGAAGGUGCAGGCUGAGAUGACCGAAAUGAUGGAGUUCUGGUUCGAGAAGGAAAUCGACGGGUUCCGUAUCGAUGCCAUCAACCACGCCUUCGAGGAUCAAAGCUAUGCCGAUGAAGUGCUGCUGGAUCCGACCAGACCCCUGUUCUACGAGAAUAUGCAUCACAACUUGACCAUGAACUUGGACGAAUCUUACGAUUUGAUCUACGAUUGGCGCACAAUGUUCGAUCAAUGGUCCGCGAAGAGCACUAGCACCAAAUUGAUGAUGACGGAAGCCUACGCAAAUGUGGAGCAAACUAUGCGCUGGUACGGUGACGGAGAGCGAAAAGGUGCCCAUAUUCCGUUCAAUUUCGCCAUGAUCAAUCGGGUGACAAAUGCAUCGAACGCUGAUCAGCUGAAGGAGAUUAUCGACGAGUGGAUGGACAACAUGCCUGCUGGAGCCAAUGCCAAUUGGGUGCUAGGAAACCACGAUCGUCCAAGAAUCGCUUCUCGUUUCGGACGGGAACGUGCUGCCAGUUUUGCCGUCCUCGAAAUGACUCUACCAGGAAUUGCCGUCAUCUACUAUGGUGAAGAAAUCGGCAUGGAAGAUUACCGAGACAUCAGCUUCGAGGACACCCAAGAUCCGCAGGCAAAGAACACCAACGCAGAAAUUUAUCAGCUCUACACCAGAGAUCCAGUGCGAACUCCCUUCCAAUGGGAUGAUACAGCAUACGCUGGCUUCACAACCGAAACCUCAGAUAAACCUUGGCUCCCAGUGCACACGAACUACAAAGAGCUGAACUUAGCUGCCCAGAAAAGCAAUCCCAAGAGCAUGUACAACCUGUACAAAAAUCUACUCGCUCUUCGCAAAACUCAUACUUUCAUGCACGGAGAGUUUGCUUCGAAAUCGCUCAUCAACAACGUAUUCGGCUACACCCGAACCCUGGCCGAUCACACCUCGUACGCCGUCGUGGUCAAUCUGAACUCGGCUGAGGUGCAGCUGAACAUCAAGAGCCUACACGAGGCCGCCGAUAAGCUGAAGGUGGUGCUCAGUACCCCUGAGUCCAAGUUCGUUACAGGUGAGGAGAUUGCCAACGUCGAAAACUUGGUCCUGAGCAGCUAUGAUGCGGUAGUGUUCGAGGUCAUCAGCGGUAGUGCGGUCGUAACUGGAUCGUUGGCUCUCUUGCUGGCAGCCGUUUUGAGAGCUCUGUUCCAGUAACCUGUUGCGAAAGGUGGAGUUUAUUUAUAACGAUUGUGUAUAGUACAGUGGUUGAAACAAAUUUUAGUUUAAUAAAUUUAUGACUGAAUGUA